AUGUCCGCUUACUGGUUGCAGGUUCUUUCUCUCCCUAAUCAGGUGAUGAAUCACAUUGAGGCUAUUUGUCGCAGUUUUUUGUGGAGUGGCUCUGAUUGUAGCAGGAAAGCCCCGAUUGCUUGGGAAACAAUCUGCAAACCAAAAGUUGCAGGUGGCCUGAAUGUAGUGAAGUUACAGCAAUGGAACCAAGCUACACUGGGAAAGUUGCUUUGGAAUAUUCAUAUGAAAGCAGACAGGUUAUGGAUUAGAUGGCUGGACACUUUGUAUUUCAAAGGUUGUGACAUCUUGGAUUGGCAGGUUACAAACUCCAGCUCAUGGAUUCUCAAGAAGAUUGUCAAACAUAAGGAUAUGUUGAAAAACAAAGCAUAUUGGAAGGAAGCUGUCAAUGCAGGGAAGUAUAAAACUCGCAUUAUGUACAAGGCCAUAUGUGGUAUUAGUGAGCACAUGAAUUGGUAA